AUGUGGGUUUUCCUGGGAUCCCACUUGAUAAAGGGGCGGGGGGAGGGACCACCAAGCGAGAGGAGGGGGAACUGGGUGCGCUGGGCUUGCCAAGGGUUAAAGGAACUGAGUUGCAUUCCUGGAGAGGGAAGGAGAGAUGGAGGGGGGAGAGCCAGGUCCUCCAGAGCCGGAGCCCCUCCCUCGCUGGCUGCCCGGUCCUUCCUGCAAGGCUUUUGUCUCCUCUGCAAGAGCAGCCUGGGGGGCUCCUUCUGCAAGGGGGGGGCAGCUGUCUCUCUGCCCCUUCUGGGCUCGGGUGAGUCUUUUCUCUCUUCUUGCAAAGGGUGCAAUGGGGAGAAGGGGGGACCCCGGGAUGAAGGGGGAGGAUGCGGGGGGGGGGCUGCUGAGCUCCUGCCUGGAGAGACCCCCAAAUCACAUCCAAGGUUCCUGCCCCCCUCCUCUUCGCGAAGACCGAGUUGGGGGCGAGGUCACAGGCUUGCAACUCGAGUCUUCCUUUGGAUCCAUGCGCUGCUUUCCUCUGUGGGGACAAUCAGGCCGAGGUUGUAGCCGGACGGAAAUAAUUUUACGUAAAAUAUAAGCAAAAAAUAAAAAGGAAAACCUGACCUAUGCAAUAAGUGAAUAAAGUCUGUGGGAAGAUGGAGGGCAGAGAAGAGAAAGCGCUUCUUGGUGCGGGGCAGAGUCCAGCCUGCGGAACUCCCUGCCACUUGAGGCCAGGCUGGGAGCAGGGCGGGGAGGAGGAGGAGGAGGAGGGGCUCUGCUUGGCUUCUUGUCUCCCCAGAGAUGCUGCUGAAUCCCAGUUGCUGGAAGGAGCGCAGGGGGAGAGAGGGGCUCUUGCGCCCCAUCCUGCUGGGGGGCUUCCCAUUCAGGCCCCAGUGGGUACAGGAGGGGGGAAUCCUGCAGGGCUCCUCUCCUGCUCUGAUGCUGAGCUCCUCAGUUGUCCUGGAAGUAAAGCUUUCCCCAACACAACCCAUGAAUCAGACCUGGGUGUUAUCCGGACUCCAGGGUGACACUCGUGUGCCCGUUCAGACAUGCAACCACUUCGAUGUACAGAGGAUCCUUGGAGACUGAACAGAAAGCCCUGCUGUGAUGGACAGCUGAGCCCGGGCCGAGUCUGGAGCUGCAGUCCCUCAGAAACGCCACCAGGGGGAUGGAGCCUCUCUCUGAUUGGCUCCCGAGACUGCCAGCCAGAGGCGGGGGCGGAGCCAGCCCUUUUGGCGGCAAGAUGAGGAGCCUUUUCUGAGGGAGUUUUGAGGCUGGAGCUGAGAUGGGAGGAAGGGAGGAGGAGGAGAGGCUGAGUCUGAGGGAGAAGUGGCUCUGGCCUGAGGAGAAUCUCGGGGGCCAGAAGAAGGAGAGAGGAAGAGGGGCUGAGUCGGGGGGGAAAGAAGAGGGCCGAGGGAUCCCCGGGGUCUGGCGUCCAAAAUAAAACACCUCAGGAGGGGCAUUGCUGAGAGAGGGAGGCUGAGGGAAAGGAACCUGGUCUGGGUCAAAAGGAUUGAACUGCCACACCUGCCAUAACUAAGGAGCAAGAGAAAAGUAACAGAAACCGAAAUGAGCAUUUUCCCACCUCGUCUAGAAACAGGAACAUCUAUUUAUCUGAAGUGUAACAGCUCAUUUUAGCAACUGAAGUUUAAGGAAAGGUGUGCAUAUCCUGCUGUGUUUAAGCCUGUGACAUUCCUAUAUUUACUUUAAUAACCUAACUUCUGAAUGGGAAGCCCGGACUUUGAAAGUCAUCUAAUCUUCCUUGCUGUAUUAUACUGUAUUGAUUAAUUAGUGUUUUUAUGGAGCAGUCAAGUAAUUUCGUUGUCCCCGAAGGGGGCAAUGACAAUAAAGAUAUUAUUAUUAUUAUUAUUCUACCUGAAACAAUGCAACUCCCAACCCAAUUUUGUUUCACAAACCUCUUUUUUGUAAAUAAAACUUGUUUGUUCCACUUCUGCCUGAGACUAGGUUUUCCCACACACAAGAUAGCUUGUGGUAAACUGUAGGAAUUUCUGUAAUUGGUGUACCGUGUGGUGGGUCCACUAUAUUUAAUUGAGGUUACUUGGGGGGUGAGUCCACCACAUUUCAAUUGGGGGCUGGCGGUGGGGUCUGCUACACCUGCUGAGAGGUACAGGAGGUCUCACCAUCCAAGGCUGGAAAGGUCCCUGUGGAAAGAGGAAAGGACUCCCUCAGAAAGAGGCGGACUCUCCUGCCUUGGAGGCUUUUAAACAGAACUUGGAUGGCCACCUCUCAAGAGUGCUUGAGUUGUGAUUUCUGCAUUGCAGGGGGUUGGGCUAGAUGAUCCUUGGGGUCCCAUCCAACUCCACAAUGCUCCGUUUCUACUGAAAGGAAACAAACCUGUGGUGUGGGGAGGGGUGAAAUAGGCCGCCCCCCAAGUGCUGAGAGUGCUUGGGAGACCCUCUCCCACCAGCCCCUUCUGCCCCAAAUAGCAUUUUUAACAAACUACAUGUCCCAGGAUUCUUUGGAGGAGGCCAUGGCUCUUUAAAGUGGACUGAUCCUGCUUUGAAGAUGCUCUCUUCACUUUCUUGAGGUUCCAUAUGUAUGUUGAAGCUUAAUUUUCCACCCCCAGACUUGAGGCUUUACGUUACUGUUGUUCUGGUUGUUAGUCUUAUUGAUCUUACUGCUGCUACCAAGGAGCUACUGCUGCUACCCCAAGGAGAUUUGCCUGGCGCCUUCAUUGCAAAUCUUUAGGCAACAGAGGAAACCUUUUCCACCAGACAUUUGGCUGAUCAAUAUUAUAUGGCGGUUUAAAUGUGUCAGUGGAAAGGGUGGUGGUUAUUGGUUUUCUUUGCUUUUGUUUGGGCUUUAUUAUGUAUUUUGCAUUUUCAUUCUGUAUUUUUAUGUUGUGAACUGCCCUAUGGCCUUCAGAUGAAGGGCGGUAAACAAAAACAAAAAAUAAGAUGAUGAUGAUGAUGAUAAUAAUAAUAAUAAUACUACAUUGAUUACCCAGGGCGGGUUACAACCGUUUUAAAAUUCAUUCUUAAAAAGAGUUAGAACAAAUGACAGUCACAGGAAUAGGGUGGGUCCUGAAAACAAGUUUUGAAUGGUGCCUCUGUGGGGAGGGAAUUCCCCAACCAAGGAACUGCCCCCAGGAUGCCCCCUCUUGAGCCAUUUCUCACCCAAAACAUGGAGGGUGGUGAAACUAGCAAGAGGGCUCCCUCCACCAACAUUAACCUGAGAACCCAGGAGGGCCUGUAGGGAAGGAAGCGGUUCUUCAGAUAUUUGGAAGCCUAAGUAAACUCCUCAUGUGAACAUCUUGAUUUGGGCCCAGAAAGGAACUGACCAACAAGGCAGCUGUUUUGAAAUAGGAAUUAAAAGUGUUCUCAAGAGUUGUUGUGGGGAUUUGCUGGGGAGGGGUAGACCCAUGGAUGCCACCUGGAUCUCCUUGGAGAAAAAAGCGGGAUAGAAAUGCCAUUAAUAAAUUUAAUUCUCCUGACGGUGUUUAAAUUUUACAACAGAAUAAUGUAUUUGCUUUGUAGGAUUUGCCACCGUCUCUCGUUUGGAUGGACAGAACUUGACAGAGGACCAAGCAAUUCCUUCUGAUCUAUUGGGGACUUUCUGA